AUGCCCAAGCCACCACCGCCCUCGCUCCCCAAGCCCGCGCUCCCCCGCAACACAGCCUUCGACCCGUGGAACUCGUCGUCGACAGGCCACCAGCGCGCCGAGCAGCAACCCGGCACGGCGUGGCGCGCCUCCCGCACCGGCAAGCUCAACUCCCAAUUCCAGUCCGGGCCUGCCGGCGGGCCCCGGACCCAGGACACCCGCGGCCCCGGGGUGCGAGGCGCGAGCGUCGCCGACAUGCUCAGGACGCCCGGCCUGAUGGGCGAGUCCCUCGGCGGCCGUCCCCCUCCCAGGCAGGACGAUGCCGAUGACGCCGCCGCGCCUCGGGGCAUUUUCGCCGGGUGCGUCGUCUACGUCAACGGGAGCACGUAUCCCCUCGUGUCGGACCACAGGCUGAAGCACGAGCUCUGCGAGAACGGCGCGCAGGUGAGCGUGCACCUGGGCAGGAGGAGGGUCACGCACGUCAUAUUGGGGAGGCCGGCCGGCGGCGUGGCCAAGGGCGCCGGGGGCGGGUUGGCCGGCGGCAAGAUGGACAAGGAGAUACGGAGGGUUGGCGGCGUAGGGGUGCGCUUUGUAGGGGUCGAGUGGGUCCUGGAGAGUCUCAAGGCAGGCAAGAGGUUGCCAGAGGCGCGGUUUUCGAAUGUCAAGGUUGCGGCCAGGGGGCAGGGAAGUGUAUACGGAUUGUCUUCUGGGAGUGGCGUUGCCGGGGGGACUUUGCCAUGA